AUGAAGCUUGCUUCUCCGCUCGCAUGUGUCGGUGUUUUUGAUUUCACAUUUUGGUUCUUUUUCUUUCAAUAUACCCAGCCAACAUGUAUUUCUUUGUGUUUAUUUGUCUUGUGUCACUGCUCUCUCUUGCGGGUUGCGCGUUGGAUCGAUAUCCCCUCAUUGCGAAGUUUGACAGCGAAGCUCUGCAGACGACUCUCCCUCCGUCAAACCUGUGUGCAGUCUCCUCCCUCCCGAGACUGCAUCCCUCCUACUUUCUAUUUCCCCUUGGCCAACAUUGCUACGUCUCGACGCUGCAUCACCGCCGCAACGCGCCUCGCCGUGGCUUGCCCGCUUGCCGCGUUGCACAGGUGA